AUGUCUGAAACUGCUGGAAAGACUAUCACCUGCAAGGCCGCCGUGGCCUGGGAGGCUGGCAAGGACCUCACCAUCGAGGACAUUGAGGUCGCGCCCCCCAAGGCGCACGAGGUGCGAAUCCAGAUUCACUACACUGGCGUCUGCCACACGGAUGCCUACACACUGUCCGGCAAGGAUCCCGAGGGUGCCUUCCCCAUCGUGCUCGGUCACGAGGGUGCCGGUAUCGUCGAGUCGGUCGGCGAGGGUGUCACCAACGUCAAGCCCGGCGACCAUGUUGUUGCGCUCUACACCCCCGAGUGCAUGGAGUGCAAGUUCUGCAAGUCUGGCAAGACCAACCUUUGCGGCAAGAUCCGCGCCACCCAGGGCAAGGGAGUGAUGCCUGACGGGACGUCGCGCUUCAAGUGCAAGGGCAAGGACCUGCUGCACUUUAUGGGCACAUCCACCUUUUCCCAGUACACCGUCGUCGCCGACAUCUCGGUUGUUGCCGUGCAAGAGGAUGCCCCCAUGGACCGCACAUGCCUGCUGGGCUGUGGCAUCACCACCGGAUACGGUGCGGCCCGUGUGACGGCCAACGUCGAGGAGGGCUCCAACAUUGCCAUCUUCGGUGCUGGCUGCGUCGGUCUGUCGGUCAUCCAGGGCGCGCUGAUCAACAAGGCCGGGCGCAUCAUUGUGGUGGACGUGAACCCGUCCAAGGAGGAGUGGUCCAAGAAGUUUGGCGCCACCGACUUUGUCAACCCCAACGACCUCAAGGGGCAGUCCAUUCAGGAGAAGCUCAUCGAGAUGACCGACGGUGGCUGCGACUACACCUUCGACUGCACGGGCAACGUUAACGUCAUGCGCGCCGCCCUCGAGGCGUGCCACAAGGGCUGGGGCCAGAGCAUCAUCAUCGGCGUCGCGGCGGCCGGCCAGGAGAUCUCGACGAGGCCAUUCCAGCUCGUCACGGGCCGCGUCUGGAAGGGCUGCGCCUUUGGCGGCAUCAAGGGUCGCUCGCAGAUGCGCGACCUAGUCGCCGACUACCAAAAGGGCGCGCUCAAGGUGGACGAGUUCAUCACCCACCGCAAGACGCUCGGUGGCAUGAACAAUGCGUUCGAGACGAUGAAGGACGGCGACUGCAUCCGCGCCGUGGUGGACAUGCGCACCCUGUAG